ACAGAUGAGAUCGGAUUGAAAUUUUUUCAACUCAUCGGUUAGAUGAGCCAGCAGACGGAUCGGGACGGGCCGGCCCGUCUCGACAGCUCUAGGUUCACCGGGAGGUAACGCCCAGGUUAAACCCCACACAAAACCCUCGUCUUCCUCCUAGGCGCGCAGCUCCGAAGAAAAGAAAAGGAGAGAAAAAUGUCCACUUCUCCCCUCCUGUUCCGAUCUAGGGUUUCAGCUCGGACCAUUUCGAUGGUUCUGAGACCCUCCAAGAAAGCGAUCCGAUCCGAAAUAUCUCCAUCGACGUCGAACUCAUGCUCGCAGAUCUCGUCUCCCAGGAGGCGCAUUUCCUGCAUUCCAAGGUUAUCGACAUGUUCGAGCUGUUUGGUGUCGAUGCUGCCUCUCCACAGCGCGAUUGCUUCUGCUCGUCUGCGAUCGGUCCUCUCGGCAGAGUCGCAAAGUUGGGGAAUGAUUCCACAAGGCAUCUCCAUGCCUUUAUGACAGCACAUGGUGAUCAUCUUGCCUGGCACCUAGACACCUCUGUUGGGCAGGGGACAAAGAACUGCAUGUUAUAUUUGUUCACUUGUUAUACUUCGGAAACUAUUAUUCAAAUUCAUGAAGGCUUUGUUGGUAUUGUAUGAAGACAUUUUAUUUUGGAUUCUCAUAUUUCAUUAUUAUCUGUUUCUCUGCUC